AUGUCACCAGCAGGCAUCAAUGGAGGAGGAAUCGGGAUUGAAAAUUGGUUAUCAAAUCAUCGUCAACCUUUCCGCCCCUUCUUACGAGGCAACCUCGAAAAGGCUAUAAGAUACCGAGAGAGAUUCAUGAUGGGUUCCUCAUAUUCAUCUCUCAAGAUUAUCACACCGCCUCAAAAACACGAACGUGAAAUUUUGGCAUCUGAUGAGGAAGACGACGAGGAUGAAGAUAUAAGGCCUAUCAAAAGAAGAAAGACGACCAAUACCGAUUUAGCUCCAGUUUCGACACAUGAUUCUUCAAGUCGAUCCAUGUCUUCAACUUCUACUGUUGCUUCAACAAUGGAGCCGUCUUCACUCAAUCGUUCUACGACUGAAGAAUCUCCACCACCACGUUUACCUAGUAAAUCUCAGGUAAACAAGAUCAAGCCCACAGAUUUUUACGGUCUCAAAAAAUCAAGAUCCGAUCGAGCUCGUAUUGACUCCGUAUUGAAAUUAACCAAAACCCCCGUGGACUUCCGGAAGUUGCUACGAAUCCAGGUUGCCAGUAUCAUCCAAAACUCAAGUUUGGAAGACACUGACGAUGGGAACACGAGUCAAUACUCUAAUAUAAAGUGUACUCUAGUUUUGCUCCGUAUUUCGGAAGAUGGGUCAUCUACAGAUAUCUAUCGACAACCUCAGACUGGGAGGAUUCGAAUGACCUCUGAAGGUCGUCAAAAUGAUACUUUUCCCGUAUACUUACCACCCUUUAUAAUACCCUCGGAGGUCCUCUCUCAAGAUCCAAACUCUGAUGAUUCAUUUGAUCAACUAAAAGCUCCAAAUGAACUUGGGAAAUUUGGAGUUCAAUUUAUAAUCGAGCCAUUCCGCGCCAAUCGAAGAGACUGGCUGCCCUUGACAUUUUCCAGUCUCUCACAUAACAGUCGCCUCGCAAAAAGAAUAUUCAAAGGAGAAUCAGAACUUACUAAUGUACGUCAAAUGAGAUGCGAGUUUCAGCUAUUUGAUUGGGAUAGCAAGCGAAGUACAGCAGAUAUUGAGCUACUGUAUGAUGGAGAGAUUAUUGAAACUUCUGCAUCAUUGAAUUUAAACAUACAAUGGUCGCUCCCAAGUCAUCUACAUAAGAAAGAAGCACAUAUCGAAGUACCAAAACUGCCGACGCCGGUUCCAGAGUUAGCUCCCGAGUUAAGUCUUGCUCAAAUUUUGUCUCCGCAAAAGGCAACAACAACAACAGAUCCCGAGAGCCCCUCUCGUGGUCAAAGACGUGUUCGUGCAAAUGUCCCAACAUAUAAUCUCAAAGCUUUGAGUGCGAAAGCUCAGGGCAAGAAAUUAAGGGCUCAUUGGGCUAGAGAAACUUCGGAAACUCCUUUCACUGGGACUGAUACUGGAGAAUCUGUGACUUAUACGGUCAGCAAAGCGAAUGCGGAAGCAUAUAAUAUCAAACAAAUGCAUGUAGUGGCAGGAUUAUCGUGCCCCAUAUGCAAUCUAGACACUAAAUCUAUGGAAAGUCUUCGACUCCAUUUUAAAACCACACAUUUCCGAUUUACAUUUCACGUUCGCCCCAAGUCGUCGUUCUUCAUCGAAAUCAACAAAGACUUCCAAAAGUCUAGGGAGAUUCACCCUUUGCAAAAUAUCCAGUUUGGGCAAGCCAGCACUUUGUUGGAUAUGGAGAAAUAUCUUUCUGGUGACAAUUCUUGGGCGGAAGAUAGGGAAGGACCUCUAAACAAUCAAUGGCCAGAUUCAGAAAUCCUUGCUCGUUUGAAUUUCAAAACUACUUCAUUUCCAUCACCUGAAUCCUCACGUCAAUCCUCACCAGAAACGUCGAACAAUGAUCUCGAGACGAAGGAGGGUGAGGGUUCUACCCCGGUACCUGGUUGUAUUAAACGCCUGGCUCUUCCACCCACCAGAACCAAGGAUAAGCACUACGUUCCUGAUAUUAAACACGGUCCAUAUCCUAGAUCUGCAUAUGCCCCUGAGGUUCAAGACCGAGAAUUCAAUGAUUACCGCACGAGGCGGGUUCUGAAACCUGGAGAUGAGUUACCCGAUACUGAUGAUGAGAAUGACGAAUCUUACCUUCUCCAUAAACGAAAAUGGAUUAUCAACGAUUACACGGAUGUUCAAGAUGACGAAAAGGAGUACUUUAUUAAGUGGGAAGAGUUCAUCAUGGCCGAGCGGCUCACUAAUCAAUCUCAUCUUCCGGAAACAAUCACAAGAUUUGUAGCGAGAAAUCGCGUUUGGUUUGCUGAGAAGAAGGCUCGAAAGAAAGAAUGGCGCAAGCAGAUUGAAUUGUGGGUAGCAAGAGGUGAUCUCAAAGUUGGUUCACUUAUGUCUUAUUGUGAAAAGAUGUUUGAACAGGGAAAGAAGGAAUUAAAGGAGAUGAACUCAAAAUCGAAUUCGGAAUCAAAGUCAACUUCGGACGCGGAGCCCGCAGAGGUAGAGCCUAUGAUGAGAGGUCCUCAUGAUUGCGUCUGUGGUCAUCAAGUUUCAGUAUGGCAAAGUAAUGCUAUACAAUGUAGUGGCCGACUUUGUGUUGAUGGGGACUACCAUCGGGAGUGUGCUGAGAAAUCUGGACGCCCAGUCGAGAGAGGCAAUUGGUUGUGUGAUCGAUGUCAUGCAAAAGCAUCGGGACAACAACCGCUAGGGGAGAGUAGUAAUGCACUUACGAACUAUUCCCAGAAUCGGAUUUUACAACAGAGGCGAAAUGUGUAG